AUGGUUUCAUGCGAGGUCUUUGCCCUACCUGAAACUGGAGUGACUUUUGCAGCAGCUGCACCCAAAGAUCUGGCACUAAACCAACCACUCGACAGACAAAGCAGUGGUUAUAGCUCGAAUUCAGCGACGGGCCUAUCCGCGUCCUUCGACGCGGUCAGUAGUGAGCGUGUGAUCAGCAUCGGCAAACAGACUGGCAACAUGAUCGGUUCCGGUGCCUGUCUUCUAAGCAAUGGUAUUGGAAACGGAGCCAAGUUGGUAGGUAAGACAGUGGGCCGCCUAGCCUCGCCGAGCCUGGGCAGACUCACCUCGCCAUCGUUCGGUCUUGGAAAGGUAUCUCCUACCCCGUCAAUGGAAAGGAGAAGUAUGCGGUUAAUGGAUUUCGCUACAAACAGUAUCUUCGCGUCAGGGACAGACCCGCCCUCCACAGAAGAUAUACAAAUACACAGCGCUGGUGAAAUGGACACCCUUGCAAGACCGAAGACGACGCGUGUACGGACAAGUAGUGUAUCUUCCAAUACCAAGAAAGUGCUGCAGCGAAAGCAGACCAAAGACAGACAGUCGUAUCCACUGAAGGUGUACAUGGAUAUAGUGGGCGUUGACGACUUCCUAGCUCCCGAUAGAUCUGAACCGGAUACUUACGUGACCAUCAAAAUCAACGGUGUGGACGCAUAUCGAACCAAGACAGUACAUAAAACUACCAGCCCGGUGUUUGACGAUAGCAUUGAGUUCAAUGUGAGUAGUCGAGAUAUUUUGGCGCUGCGGGUGAAGGAUAAGGGCAAACAGAUACACGAUACCGGGACCAUAUCGUUACUGGUUGAAGAUCUGGCUAUGGACGAGUGGGAACGGAAGACUAUCAAGCUGCCUCUGCAUGAACAAGCCACUUUAACAGUGGUAGUGAUGAAGACGUCGAAGUAUGCAACGCAGCCCGCAUAUAGUGUGGCUCUGAAAGGAGUGGCAGACUAUACCCAAGAGCCCCAGUUUAGACAGAGUACAGCCGAUUUUCCGUCAAGGAACUCAAGGCGCACCCUGUCUCCGACGAAUAUGUGUGGAUCGAUAGAGCGGUUCAAAGAGUACACCGCUGGCUCCCACGGGAACCUUCUGAUGCAUCGGCGGUCGCAGUCAGCGGUGGGGGCAGAGGGGCCUAUCGUCGUGAUAAGAAGGACGGGUUCCGCUGAAUUGGCGACGGCAAUAUCUUCCGAGUCUCUGGGCAGCACUGAGUUAACCGGAAAAGGCUCUUCGCGCACACUCACCGUGUCAGACCAUGAGCGCUUUAUUGAUACGAGCUUACUGGAAACGAUCUGCGGUAGUGUAGAUGAUGUAUCAGCUACUGAUGGUGAUUCAGACAGAUUAUUCAGAGUUAGUCAGCAGAGUUCCCUAAACAGCACUACCGAAUCACUCAGUACCCCCGAGCUCGCACAUGUCCGCAGAGACUCAAAUGAAAGGAAAAGGAAGAGCAAGAAUUACUACCCUAAUGCACAUAUGCUCGACAAAGUGACGGGUAUGAAGCCCUUAGACAAGACAGCCUCCUUACUGACAUCGAUGACCAAAAAUAGAUUUAGUAAAGUGUCGAAGUCCAGUUCCACACCGGUAGGUAUGGAGAUACAACAGUCCGCAUCAUAUGGUGAAUAAAAGAAUACGCAG